AUGGAGAACAAUAAAGAUUUUGAUUGUUUUGAACAUCAAUUUGUUGAAUUAAUUGGCGAAUUUCAGUCACUAUCAAUAUCUGAGUGUAAGCUACGAGAAGCGCUGCGGGUGGAAGCGGCGCGCGCGGAGGCCGCGGAGGCUUCCCGCGACGCGAGUGAGCGCGCGACCGAGGACGCGCGCGCCAGCACUCAGGCCGCGACCGCCGGCACCGCGCAGGGGGUCAAGACGCUCGCAGCCGUACAAGACGAACUCACUACGGUGAAAAUGCAACUAGAUUUUGCGGAUCGUCAAUGCAAACUGUAUGAAGAAAAAUAUUCCGAGAUGGUGAACAAGGCAGCGUCACUGGAGAGAGAAUUGGAAGCCCUACGACCUCUUCAGGCCGCAAACUCAGCGUAUCAGCGACAAUACGCGGAACUAAAAGAGCGUAUUCGCAUCGCGACAGAAGAAGCGCGUAGUGAGGCAUCACGUCUUGAAAACGAGUUACGGAGAGUGGAGAGCAGCGCAAGCGCAGGCUCCAAGCUUCGGGAGCGCGCACGUCUUGCGGCCGCGGCGCACGCGCGGGAGCGGCGCCUCGCGAGCGCCGAACUACAGCACACUGCGAAGGAACUAAAUACUGCUCUUGCUGAAAUAGCGCGCCAAAAAGUUGUGAUAAGCGAGUUGGAUUGCCGCUUAGCCAAGUCUCACGAAGACAUAAACAAAAAGUUUGCUGAUUCUGAAUUCGAAACUCUGAUUGAAGUAAAGGCAGCAUUGGAGUCAGAAAGAGCUGGAACGGAUAGACUGGCGAAGGCGUUGGCUGCAGCUUUGGCUGACAACGCUACUUUGGCUUCGUCGGCUGAAGCUGUUGACAAGACUCAGCUCAGUUUGUCACUAGAAAAAAGCAGCAUCUGCCCCAUAGACUCUUUCCUUGCUGAAUAAACUGUUGAUUGAAGUUGAUGAUUAUAAUAUAAUUAAUAAAACAUUA